AUGCGUGUGGCUGCGCCUUCACUUAUCAGACAGUGCUGCGAGUUGUUAAAUCCAGUGAAAGUACCAACCAAUGUCGCUGUUGCACAGCGAGAAAAACGCCGAUUUUAUGUGAAAAAGUCAAUUAUUGGGAUGCAGGAGUUUCGGGACUGGGAAGAGAAACUUGGCGACUACUGGUACCGCCACCACCAUCUUUAUGUUACUGAAGAAGGACAUUCGCAUCCUGCUCCUGCAGAUCUCAUGGCACCACCUUCGAAACACCUGAUGGAUCCACUGGCACGACAAACUGUUUCGACCCAAAAACGAAAGCAUAUGGACGAGCAAUACUACACCGGAUUUCCAGCAGCACCCUAUCCGCAGCAAUUUUUGAACGAUAUAUUGCGUAUGCAGGGCGAUUUCAGUGGAGUCCAUGAUGUCAGCGUCCAUUUUGUUUAUGCAAACGCAGCGGCGUGUUACAGCAAUCCACAUGCUGCAUUUCCGAAUGGCGAGGCAUCAAAAGAGGGCAUCGAAAUAAAAAUGGAGAAUCAGGGUGCAACGACGUCGGAUAUGCGCAUGGAGGUGAUCUCGGCAGUCGCAGAGGUGGCCAAAUAUGCCCAGAACAGGACACCACAGAUGGAGAACGGCGCGCAGAAGGGCCCUGGUGCAAACGGUGUUGUGCAGCAAGUGCCAAAGCCAAUUUCGGCCCAUUCGACAACUUCCCCGAUCAGUUCACCGGAAGUGAAUCCAUCCGGCAAUGCAAAUCGAGCGCAGCAGCAGAACGGUUUUUCGGAUGAAAGUGACAGUGACGACGAUGAAUCCUCAGAUUCGGAAAGCGACGAUGCGAAGUGCUCCUCUUCUCACGGUGGACAGAAAUGUCCGGGCGUAGAUGUUGAGGCAGACAACAACGAACUGUUCGCAAUCCUGAAGAAGAAAAUUGAAAGGCAAGUACCGCGAAAACGUCUGCGAUAUUUACGACGAAUUAGGCGGCAGUUAAACUAUUUUUUGCAAAUGCAUGAAGUGAAAGAAAUGUCCUCGCGAUUACCGCCUACUGCAAAAUAUGAAGAUAUUUUUGGGAAGCAUCAGCAGCACCAGCAUCAACACCAGCAGCCGCACCAGCAGCAGCAACAACCGCAACAGCAACCACAGCAGCAACAACAACAGCCAUGA